AAUCCAUUCCCGGAGGUGGCUGAUGUGUGGUGGGAGGGGGUUCUGUCUGUUCAAUCUGGAAAUUCAAGGAAAUGUUAAUGAAACAUUUCCGCCCCCGGUGGAGGCGCAACCGAGUCCUGAAAAGGCCCCCCUCCAUCCCCUACCCCCGCUUUCAGUGCACGCACGAGACGAGACGCACCAUCUCUGGAGCUCCUGUGUCCCCCCUCCCUCCCCGCGCGCGCAGUCAUGAUCCGAAACGAGGUUUUCUCCUGCUUCCUCUUCUAUGCCGUUCUUCUCAUUCUUAAAAUGUACGUGAUCGCGAUCAUAACGGGGCAAGUGCGGCUGCGUAAAAAGGCUUUUGCCAACCCGGAGGACGCUCUGAGACACGGAGGUUUGCAGUUUCACAGAGAAGAUCCGUACGUGGAAAGAUGCCGGAGGGCCCACAUCAAUGACAUGGAGAACAUCUUACCCUUCCUCUUCUUGGGGGCCAUCUACUCCCUGACGGGGCCUUCCUUGUUUGUGGCUCGCCUCCACUUCCUGGUCUUCUCCUUGAGCCGUUUGCUGCACACCGUCGCCUACCUGCUGGCUCUGAGGGCGCCCACCCGCUCCGUGGCCUACACCAUCGCCCAAAUCCCCUGUGUGUCCAUGGCCGUGCAGAUCUUAACGUCAGUUAUGGCGUACGCCUGAACAUGAAUGUUUGUGUCCAGAAAAAGGUCCACUAUUUAAACAUUUGUCAGUAUUUAUACUAUAAUAGUAGAAUGUGAGAGUUUCUUGAAAACGUUUGAAGUAUUUCAGAGCACAUUCUAUAUUUAAGAUGCAAAAAU